UAAAAGAACUUUUUUUUUCAGAAUGUAGUACUCUUCAUAGUCAACUCAUUUUCCUUUUCCAUGGCCACUUCACAAAAAGACUUCCUGUCUACUAUUUUGACGGUGGGGCUGCUCAUAACCAUCUCUCUUCACUCCACAGUUGCUAAGGUAGGUGUGGCCUACGGACGGCUAGGAUCUGAUCUUCCUUGUACGGAAGAUGUGAUAGCUCUAUACAAGAACAAUAGCAUCACAAAAAUGCGAAUCUACGACCCCCACCCGCCCACUCUGCAGGCUCUAGGUGGCACCAGCAUUGAGCUCAUGGUUGGAAUCCCGGAGGCUGAUCUCCCGGACCUAGCCCAAUGCCAGUGCCACGCAGACGACUGGGUCAAGGCUAACAUACUAAGCUAUCCAGACGUCAAAUUCCGAUACAUUGCCGUUGGAAACGAGGUCAGCCUCGAGUCAAGGUACGCACCUUUCGUCCUCCCGGCUAUGAAACACAUAUACAACUCUCUCAACGGACUCUGCGUCGGAAACAACAUCAUCGUCUCCACCUCCAUCAAAACCGACCUCCUCGGAAAAUCGACGCCUCCAAAGGACGGGGAGUUCAAACCGAACGUGACAUGGUUCAUCCGUCCCAUCGUCGAAUUCCUCAGCGACACGAGAGCCCCUCUCCUCGUGAACGUCUACCCUUACAUCGCGUACAUGAACGACAAGGAACACAUCCGCCUCCCCUUCGCACUCCUGCAGCCUAACAGCGGCGAGAAGCUCGGCGGCGUCCACUACGACAACCUUUUCUAUGCCAUACUCGACGCUGUGCUUUCGGCCAUGGAGAAAAUCCUUGCUUCGUCGUCGUCGUCGUCAUUGUCAGUGAGGUUGCAAUCGGGUUCAGUCAGCACGACGGUGUCGGAGACCGGGCAGCCUGCGCCUCCUAAGAAGAAGAAAGGAGGCGGGAGGAAACUAAGUGAUGAAGAUGAAGAUUUCCUGACCGUUGAGAAUGCGAGGAUUUAUAAUAAUAAUUUGAUGCGUAUUGUGAAGAAAGGGACGCCGAAAAGGCCCGGGAUUCCGAUUGAGACGUACAUAUUUGCUAUGUUUGAUGAGGAUCUGAAGCCCGGCCCGGAAUAUGAGAGGAAUUUUGGGAUCUUUUAUUCAAAUGGGAGACCCAAAUACCCGCUUCGUUUUUACUAGGUUGGUGAUUAUGCAAUAAUAAGUUGUAAUGGAAUAAGGAGCCUUUGGCGUAUAAUAGGUCGAUCUCUUGUGUGUGUGAGUGUGAAUUACUCCCUCCGUCCCCGAUUAAGAGUCACUCUUUUCAAUUUUGGUCCGU